AGAUUACUCGCCAUAGUUUGUUUUCGGUCAUAUUGUCUUAUCCAUACGUUGGUUGAAUGUACUGUGUCAUGCGGCCCCCACAACUAGUUUAUCGGAAGAAUCAGAAUAUUGGGUGUAUCUUUUCCUUUGUUGCUACACAAAAAACAGGAGAACUUAGCAAAAAGAAAAAAAACUGGUCACAGCUAAACUUGGGGGAUCCCAAUGGCUGAAAUCAAACCCGAGACGACUCACCAGCACAGUCUUUUGGUACCGGAGCCUGAUAUCUCCGACCAAAAACUUCCUAAAUCAAAGCGCCUGGCAUCUUUGGACAUCUUCCGUGGCCUUACUGUGGCGUUGAUGAUAUUUGUGGACGAUGCUGGCGGAGAAUGGCCCAUGAUUGGGCAUGCACCGUGGAAUGGUUGUAAUCUUGCUGACUUUGUAAUGCCCUUCUUUUUGUUCAUUGUGGGGAUGGCUAUUGCUCUUUCUCUCAAGAGAAUACCUGACCAAUUUGCAGCAAUAAAAAGAGUGAUUCUCAGAACUCUGAAGCUCCUAUUUUGGGGUCUUCUGUUGCAAGGAGGUUUCUCACAUGCCCCGGAUAAGCUAACCUAUGGCGUGGACAUGAAAGAGAUAAGGUGGUGUGGAAUUCUCCAGAGGAUAGCUCUUGCAUAUCUUGUUGUGGCACUUGUGGAAAUAUUUUCAAGAAAAGCACAAGCCGAGGAGCUUUUCCCUAGGUGGUUGUCUAUAUUCAAGUUAUAUGCCUGGCAUUGGAUUGUGGGAGCAGGUGUAAUUGUUGUGUACUUGGCUAUAAUUUAUGGGACAUAUGUUCCUGAUUGGCAUUUCACCAUUCAUGAUAAAGAUGAUAUCAAUUAUGGAAAAAGUUUCCCUGUAGCCUGCAAUGUCCGAGGAAAACUGGAUCCACCUUGUAAUGCAGUAGGAUACAUUGACAGAAAAGUCUUGGGAAUCAAUCAUAUGUAUCAUCAUCCAGCUUGGAGAAGAUCUAGAGCUUGCACUGAAAAUUCCCCAUACAAGGGGCCCUUUCGGAAAGAUGCUCCAACAUGGUGCUAUGCUCCCUUUGAACCUGAAGGCAUUACAAGCUCUAUAUCUGCUAUUCUUUCCACUAUCAUUGGAGUGCAUUUUGGACAUGUGCUUGUACAUUUGAAGGGCCAUUCAGAAAGACUGAAGCAUUGGGCCAUGAUGGGUUUUGCUCUCCUAAUUUUAGGACUUAUUCUUCAUUUCACUCAUGCAAUUCCUUUAAAUAAACAGCUCUACACGCUUAGUUAUGUUUGUGUAACAUCUGGAGCAGCAGCACUGGUUUUCUCAGCCUUCUAUAUAACGGUUGAUAUCUGGAACUUUAGGUACCUAUUUUUGCCACUGGAGUGGAUUGGCAUGAACGCAAUGCUUGUCUAUGUUAUGGCAGCUGAAGGCAUUUUUGCUGGCUUCAUCAAUGGGUGGUAUUAUGAUGACCCCCAAAAUACACUAAUAUACUGGAUCCAAAAGCACAUAUUCAUCGGAGUUUGGCAUUCAAGGAGAGUAGGGAUCCUACUUUAUGUCAUAUUUGCGGAGAUCUUGUUUUGGGGGGUUGUCUCAGGAAUAUUACAUCGCCUUGGCAUUUAUUGGAAGCUUUGAAACCCAAUAUUGGUUUGCUACCUUUCAGACACAAGGAUCUCGUUAAUGGCAACUCGGAGAUGACAGAUUGUGUCCGACGGCAUAUUGUUGCGGAGCUUGAAAGAGCAUUGAGGCACUCAGUCUUCGAAGUUUGAACAAAGUUACCAAUCACAGGCAUAACCGACUCUUCAUUGUUAGUACCACUGUGUUGCGUGAGGCCAUUCUCUAAAAGCAGAGGCAUCGGUAGAGGCUUCAAGGCAAUCAGAGCCUCUUGCAGCAGCAGCUGUGUCAUCCACCAAAUGGGUGAUGAUGAUCUUUUUCAUCUAAUUCUUCCAAGAAAGUCAUUGAUGUAACAAAGCAUGUCUUAUUCGAAUCACAAAUCAAAUAGUACCUGCAAUGAAAAAAUGAUAUGAUAUGUACUAAAUUAUUAAUAACAAAACGUGUGGAAGUGAAUCCAGCUUCAUGUUAACUUCACAAGCACAUAGUUUUGUUCAAGAAUCUAUAAAAGACAUGGGUGUUCUCAACCAAAGAACUUACGAGGGAGAAACACAUUCAUGUUUGAUGAAGAAUAGUCCUUUUCCCACUAUUGUUA